UCAUCUCAAAUUCUCAAUGAAAAAAAAGAGCCUAUCGCAGACCAUUAAUAACAUUAAUAUGCUGCUGCCUCGCAAACGUACGGGCCUUAAUGAAAUUCAUUACGGAAGACACAUGCGUAGCCGAAGAAAGGCAGCGCUGAAAAGGAUCUUCGGUGGGCUGGGCUAGCUUUCCAGACUGUUCAGCAUUUUCUUUGACCGAGCCUUCUUUUUUCUCUCACAUGCUGCAGCGUUGCGUUGCAUGGAACUAACUCUAUCAGAAACAAACCUGUCAACAUUUUAGAUUUCCCACGAAUGCGUCGAGAAACUUUGUUAGCAUGGUCCGAAUGCUUCAAGGAGCUUUAUUGGUUGGACGAUUGAUGGGUCUCUGUAUGACAAGACAGUAGCCUAUAAAUUUUCUUCUUACAGGUAGCAGCCGCGGCUUGCUACUGGAGUGAAGUGUUGCUUGUAAAUAUUCCAUCUGAUCACAUUCGGCCCACGGGCCAAUGCGAUCCUUCUCUUUCUCUCUCUCUCAAAGAGGAGGAGGAGAACCCACUGGUGAGACGGGCCCGCCUGUCAGCCACGGGCUGUGCAAAUCCCGUCCCACUCCACUGGCCGCUCCUCCCUCCCCAUCGAGGAGGAUGUUCGCCGCAGGGUGCCUGCUUCUAAACCCCAUCGGCAUCCCCCCCGCCUCCUCCUCCGCGCUCCGGCUCUCCCGAAUCACCAGGCUGCCACGCUCCACCACCUCGUGCUCCUGCUCGGCCUCAGCCUCGCCGCUCGUCGCCGUCGCCUCCAUGGACGCGCCGCCGCAGGGCUACCGCACCAACGUCGGCAUCUGCCUCGCCAACCCCUCCCUCACCAAGAUUUUCUCGGCUUCCAGGAUCGACAUCCCUAGCGCGUGGCAGAUGCCUCAGGUGAUUGGGUGGGCUGAUCUGGGUGGUAUAGAUAAAGGGGAAGAACCAAGAGCAGCUGCUGUUAGGGAAUUGAGGGAAGAAACUGGUGUUACAUCCGCAGAGCUCGUGGCCGAGGCUCCUAACUGGUUAACAUAUGAUUUCCCGCCGGACGUGAGAAAGAAGCUGAAUGCUAGGUGGGGAACGGAUUGGAAAGGCCAGGCUCAGAAAUGGUUUUUGUUUAGAUUUACUGGAAAGAAUGAUGAGAUUAAUCUUAAUGGUGAUGGAUCUGAGAAGCCGGAGUUUGAUGAAUGGACAUGGAUGACACCUCAGCAAAUUAUUGAAAAGGCAGUUGAUUUCAAAAAACCUGUGUAUGAGGAAGCACUGAAACACUUCGCCCCAUAUCUACAGUCAGAUGCAACAGCUUCGUCAUAGAUCUGACCAAUUUUCAUGAAUUAUUUAUAUAGAGCUCCCGUGCUGUACCCAAACCUCAAUAAUUUCUCAUGAAGUAAUGGAGUUGUGUCAGUAUUUUAGAAUAUAUGGCAUAUUGUGGUCAAUUAUUCUCCUGUCAUCGAAUCCUCGUCUUUUAAUUAUAUUAGCCUGCAAUAAGCUGUGUAAACUGCUCUCAUAAUUAUCUACUACUUUAUCCGUACA